CAUAUGGCUAGCAGCGACCGAAACGGGCACACAACUGGCCAAUCCAAUUGAUGCAGAAAGAGAGCUGGUCGUGCACAAAAUGCCAGUAAAGCAGUCGGGAGUGACAAGGAAGACAAAGAAUCAACUAAAUCACAAAAAAAAAAGAAAAAUAGCACAGGGAUCCAGUUUGGUGCCGGCAACAAUGUGUUGUCAUGAUUUGUUGAUGAGGAAUGCCAUGCUUUCUGCCUACACCCCAAUGACUACCUGCGGCUCGGCUGUUGAUGCGGGAGGUGCUGUAGGGCCCUACUGCCUAACACUUGCUGACGAGGACAUCCUUGCAAAGAAUGAGAUCGUGGAUCCUAGCAUCGGCCUCCAGAAAAGGAAGGAAUGGCUGCUUUUGACUACACCUGAGGGAGAAAGGUAUGUGCAUCUAUACUCUAACUUCCUUAAUUAA